AUGCGGUUGCCAGAUCAGACGCUGAGAAGCCGUGCACGCCUCGCGGAAUUCCAACCGCACUACCUAGAAAUCUGGGUUCCUUGCAUGCACUUGGUGUCGGGUCAGGAAGGAGACAUCGAUGUAGGUACGGUAGGUAAGCGCCGCUACUUCGGCGCAUCAACAACGGUGCGAGGCUGUACGGAAAGCGCGCCGGCGACGAUCACGCCCGUGCAAUCGUGGGUGUCCUCUCCGAUCAACCCGACGAUAUCUUUCGGCUGGCAUGGUAUGUAUCGAACGACGAGAGUGAGCGCCGGUGAGGUCGGCGCCCGGCGGGGUGUCGGAUCUGAGAUGGAAAUCGAAGACGUCGAGGCACUGUGA